AUGACGACAGCCAUGGUGCAGCUGGCCGAGGUUCUGGCCGAACGCCUACCUGUGGCAAAUGCGCAGACGCAACCAGCGGAAUCCCACCCGAGUGAUCUCCAGAGAAUGGUGGCGAGACAAUCAGUUGGGAGAGACCUACCAAAUUUCUCUGGAAACCCUGCUACAUGGCCAAUGUUCCACCAUAUGUACCGUGUCUCAACACAGGAGUGCGGUUUCAGCAACCAUGAGAACAUGGCACGCCUCCAGAAGGCGUUGAGUGGUAAAGCCAAAGAGGCAGUCAUGGCCAUGCUCGUUAUUCCAGACAAUGUGGAUAGAGUCAUUCGGACUCUUGAAACCCGCUUCGGACAGCCAGAACAGGUCAUACAAACCAUCAUUGACAACGCUCAGAAGCAGAGAGCGGUGAAAGAAGAGGACUUUGAAGCACUGAUCGACCUUGCCAAUGCGGUAGGGAACCUCGUGGCAACGAUGCAGCUGAUGGAGAGCACGGGACACAUAACAAACCCAGCGCUGCGACAAGAGAUCGUCUCCAAACUCCCCAGCAGCCUACGACGUUUAUGGGGGGAGCACAUACGCACUCGGGACCAGGAAGUGACCCUCGAAACGUUAGCAGAGUGGCUGGAGGAGAGAGCGGAUGCUGUGUCCCGCGUGAAGCGACCAGCUAUGUUCCCGGCGGAUAGUGCGAAGCGCCCCACAUUCCAUCGAGGCAGCACGUUCGCCGCCACCGAGAAGCAAUGCGCCUUCUGCAAACGGUCCGGCCACGCCACUCGGGACUGUCGAACGUUUGCCAAGAAGAGCGUCAACGAUCGCUGGAAAUGGAUAAGGGCCGAGAGUCGUUGCUUCACCUGCCUAGCUCAUGGGCAUCGAUCUGGUAACUGCCCGAGCAAGAAGCCAUGUGGGUUGCAAGGGUGCGACCGCUUGCACCACCAUCUGCUACACCCAGCUAAACGACCGGACGACACACGCACUAGUGGCAAGAAUCCAGAUCAGCCCAACACAAGCUCUCAAGCUGUGGAAGGACAUACGUAUCUUGUCGGCAAAUGCAACCGGCGCGACCGAGUCAUCCUACGCACAGUCCCAGUGACGAUCCGAGGCCCAUCUGGUGAAGUCCGUACGUCAGCUCUCCUUGACGAGGCCUCCACGGUGACCCUUAUGGAUGCUGCCAUUGCCAAGGAGAUUGGAGCCGAAGGACCCCGUCGCCCGCUGUUUCUCACCUGGACUGAUGACAGCAAUCAGACAGACAAACGGUCGCAGAGUGUCCGUGUCGAAGUUGAAGGAGACGGUGGAACGUUUUCACUGGACAACGUGAGGACAGUAAGCAAGAUGGACUUACCUGAGCAACAGAUCGACGUACCAAAACUGAGUAGCCGCUGGCCUCACCUAGCCGACAGCCCCAAGAUCGUUGGAGCCAACACGAAGCCAAGACUCUUGAUAGGCCAAGACAACUGCCACCUUAUUCUUCCCCGCGAGGUAAUCGAAGGACCGCCGAGCGCGCCAAUGAUGACGAAAUGCAAGCUAGGCUGGUCAGUACAUGGCAAUGACAGGGCAGGAGUCCCACAGAUCGAACAUUGCCACCUUGCAAGAACCGCUGACGAUGACCUCCAUCAGCUCGUCAAGGAGUCAUUCAGCACGGAGUCGUUUGGUGUGAAGGUCACCUCCAACAAGACCAGCUCGAGGGAAGAAGUCCGUGCCGAGAGGCUGCUGGAGUCCACCACCAAGCGAGUUGGCACCCGUUGGGAGACAGGUCUGCUAUGGCGCUCGAGUGACAUCGCCCUCCCCGAGAGCUACGAAAUGGCCAAAUCGAGGCUGAUGUCUCUGGAAAGGAAGAUGGACCGAAACCCAGCCUAUGCAGAUCAGUACUGCUCUAAGAUUGCAGAGUAUGUCGCUACAGGCUAUGCGAGAAAGCUGACAGAGGAAGAGCUGGACCAAGACAACGUUGGCCGCAGGUGGUACUUGCCACACUUUGGAGUAGUUAACCCCAACAAGCCAGGGAAAAUUCGCCUGGUAUUCGAUGCAGCAGCGAAAAGCAACGGCAUGAGCCUUAAUGAUGCUCUAGUCAGUGGACCAGAUCUCCUCAAUCCUCUUCCGAGUGUCCUCUUCAAGUUCCGGCAACACCGAAUUGGUUUCGGCGGAGACAUCCAACAGAUGUUUCAUCAGGUACUCAUCAGGAAAGAGGAUCUGCCAGCACAGAGAUUCCUGUGGCGAGGGCGUGACCGUGGCCGAGAGCCAGAUGUCAUGCAAAUGACAGCAAUGACAUUUGGUGCCACAUGCUCGCCAGCAGCCGCUCAGUAUGUGAUGCGAAAGAACGCCUCGGAGUUCACCGAUCGGUGGCCUGACGCCGUACGGGCCAUCUGUGAGAAUCACUAUGUCGAUGACUACUAUGACUCCACCGAUGAUGAAGAACAAGCCAGAAACCGAGUGGACCAGGUGUCGGCCAUCCACGAUGCUGGUGGGUUCCUCAUUCGCCACUGGGUCAGCAACUCCAGAGAGCUGCUGCAGCACAUUCCAGCAGAGCGCCGAGCAGUUGACGCACCGACAUUCAACAGCGGCACGGAGCUGCCCAUGGAGCGAGCGCUUGGUCUGAAGUGGGACCCAGAGACUGAUCAAUUUAACUUCCGCCUCAGUCAACGCCUCGUUGACCAAGAAGCUAAGUCACCCCGGCCAACAAAGCGACAGGCACUCCGCAUGAUCAUGUCAGUGUUCGACCCGAUGGGGUUUCUAUCCUGUCAUACCCUAGCAGCACGAGUCCUUCUGCAAGAUGUUUGGCGCACUGGAGUUGGGUGGGACCAACCCCUACCAGACAGUCUGCUGGAAAAGUGGCGUCAGUGGUGGGGAGGUCUCCGCGAGCUAAGUCACAUCGUUGUACCCCGCUGCUACUGCCUGAGAAUGUCAACGAGGAAGUCAUGUCAGCUUCAUGUCUUUGGCGACGCCAGCGAGGACGGCUUUGCAGCCGUCGCAUACUUUCGAACAACUCUUGAAGACAGGACCUCUCAAGUCUCUUUCGUCCUGGGCAAGAGUCGUGUCGCCCCGUUACGGCCGAUUUCCAUCCCAAGGCUCGAGCUACAGGCGGCACUCAUGGCUGCAAGAAUAGCACGGACGGUUCUGGAAGGGCACGACCUACUCAUCGACAGCACAACGCUAUGGACAGAUUCAAUAACAGUCCUUCGGUGGAUUCAGGCAGAUGCCAGCAAGCCGUUCGUCGCCCACAGAGUCGGUGAGAUCGAUGAACUAUCUGCAGUGUCACAGUGGAGGUGGAUGCCAACAACCCUCAAUCCAGCUGAUGCCGCAACGAGAGUACUGCCAGAUGUCCAAGGCAGACAACUUCAUUGGCUUCAGGGUCCGAAGUUCUUGCAAGCUCCAGAGGCUGAUUGGCCAGAGGAGACCACACAUGCGAAGGCUACUGACGUCGAUGCUGAUGAAGGCAGAGUUUGCCGGAAUGCACACCGUGCCAGAGCCGUUGGUCUUACCAGACGCCAACAGUUAUUCAUCGUGGAUGAAGCUGGUGAGAGUCACGGCAUGGAUGGCUCGAUACGUCAAGAACCUGCGGGCCAAGGCAGCCGGAAAGCCAGCCACUGUUGGGGAGCUCCUUCCGACAGAGUUCCAAAGGGCUCAAGAGCUGUGGUGGCUCAGGACUCAAAGAGACAGCUUUGCAGGUGA